UCAACACUAUUCGACGAGUCAGAAGAGCAUUUUAUCCAACUUUUGAGUUGUUUUAAUUGUUUAAACCCAAUUAAUUACUCCUAAGCUUCACUAUCGUCGACUUUGACGUGUCUGUGCCCUUUUCGGAGCACACCCACACAAUUCCUUCGAGCGUAGGAUACACCCAACGACCAAACCAGGCCUCUGGCUACGAAAAACAACGAAACAAAGGCUGCGGACGACUACACACAGAGACAGGCAACAAAAACAAUGUCGGAAACAUACGAUUACCUGUUCAAGUUCCUGAUAAUUGGAAGCGCUGGCAGCGGCAAGAGCUGUCUGUUGCAUCAUUUCAUCGAAAGCAAAUUCAAAGACGACAGUUCGCACACCAUUGGGGUGGAGUUUGGCUCUCGCAUUGUGAAUGUGGGCGGAAAAUCGGUGAAGCUGCAAAUAUGGGAUACAGCCGGACAGGAGAGGUUUCGAUCUGUGACCAGGUCCUAUUAUCGCGGCGCUGCAGGUGCUCUGCUGGUCUACGAUGCCACAUCGCGGGACUCGUUCAAUGCCUUGACCAAUUGGCUCAAUGAUGCGAGGACAUUGGCUAGCCCCAACAUUGUUAUUCUGCUGGUUGGGAACAAGAAGGACCUGGAAGAGGCACGCGAUGUAACAUUUCUCGAGGCCAGCACCUUUGCCCAGGAGAACGAGCUGAUCUUCUUGGAAACGAGCGCCAAGACUGGCGAGAACGUUGAGGAGGCCUUCCUCAAGUGCUCCAAGACCAUACUGGCCAAAAUAGAAACUGGCGAGCUGGAUCCCGAACGCAUCGGCAGUGGCAUACAGUACGGCGGAGCCGCUCUACGCAAUCUACAGACUCGGCAACGGAGCAUCAACAAGCCAGACUGCACUUGUCGCGUGUAGAGCAGCGUGCAGUCCCGAAUUACUUACUCCUGGCGUAUCGUAUUAUAAUAAGCGAGCAAAUUAAUCUCUAUUUUAUCACGUACUCGGAAUGUGACCGCAUUACCCCUAAGUUUUACUGUGUAGGCAGGACAGGGCAGGGCCGGCGGGCAGGGCACGCGUGUGUGUAUGUGUGCCUGGACUCCUUAUUGGUCCAUCUCAUCUCAUCUCAUUUCGUUUAGUUUGUGUUUGUCUUGUUAGUUUUAAUCAUUCCAAAAUGUAAGCUGAAUGCUUUUCAGAUCUUUUGAACAUAUAAUUUAACCAUUUGUUGUCUCCGCCUCCAAUGUUACUUACUCUAAUUUGUAGUUUGUAAGGCACUUAAUAAUGUAUCUACAGAGGCCGGCCGGAGCAAAAGCCACCGCUGUGGCAUGGACAAUCGGAUCGAAUGAAUCGAAGAAUGCAUGCACUCAGCAUUUUAUUGUAAAUACAAAAAUGGCAUUCACGUCGUUGACGACGUAGCCCAUCCGAUUGUAAAUCUAACUAAAAUGUGCACUGAAACGCGGUAAAUAAAAUCGCAAAUAAAA